UACGCGCGCAUCGCUACCUGAAAUUCACAGUAGCAUAGGAAGAGCGGCGCUAGGAAGGGGCACGACGUACGGAGCCAUGGCCUCCGGCGCGGUGAGCCCCGCGUUCGCCUACACCAUCGUGUACGUGAGGGACGUGGAGAAGUCGGCCGCCUUCUACGCCGCCGCCUUCGGCUACGCCGUCCGCCGCCACGACCAGUCCCACAAGUGGGCGGAGCUGGAGAGCGGGGCGACGACGAUCGCGUUCACGCCGCUGCACCAGCGGGAGACGGACGGGCUCUCCGGGGAGGUGCAGCUGCCGGACGCCGCCGCCGCGCGGGGCCCCGUGGAGGUCUGCUUCGUCUACGCGGACGUCGACGCGGCCUACAGGCGCGCCGUGGAGAACGGGGCGGUGCCCGUGAGCGCGCCGGAGCAGAAGCCGUGGGGGCAGAAGUCCGGCUUCGUGCGGGACAUGGACGGGAACAUCGUGCGCAUCGGGAGCCACGUCCGCGAGUGACAGAUGACCAGGCUCGGUCGAUCCCCCGGCUGCUUAGCUUGCUGCCGCGACAUAUAGAAGUAGAAAAAUAUAAAUACGCUCCGUCGUCGGCCGGGUAGUGUAUACUACUCUAUGUCAAAAUAAAUCGUGUAGCUGGAGAGGUUUAGGCGUCGAGGUACUCAAGGAAGACCAGUGCAUAUACAGUACUAGUUUAACAACAAAAAUAAAUCGUGAUCUCGAUCACCAGUGGGUAUUGC